AUGCAAACAUCACGCAACAACGCUUUCAAACAAUGUAAAGCGUUGGACAAGUACUACAAUGCGCUAGAAGUGUCUCGGCUGACGGACGCUGCAGCGAUUUUCAAGCUCACCCGACCAGAACUGCAACUCGCCACAGGAUUCACGGAUGCCGAAGCAGACGAGGUGACCAAAAUCGUCUGCCAGCUUGCGUUAACCGAUUCAAGCGGUCAGAAAUGUAGCCCUUUCACGUCGCUAUACGAUCUCGACAGCGGUCAAUCUACACUGUCUUUCGGAUGUCCGAUUCUCGAUAGGUUUCUGGGUGGCGGGCUACCGACGCGCGGUGUAACCGAGCUGAGCGGCGAGAGCGGCAGUGGAAAAACCCAGUUCUGCUUGCAGCUAUCGCUGAUGGCCCAGCGGUCGUUGGGCGACGGCAUGCCAAUUUACGUCGUGUACAUCUGCACCGAAGAUAGGUUUCCAGAUCGAAGACUUCGCCAGAUGCAGCGAGAGCUGGGACCUGCCGGAAGGUCGCUGUCCGACAACGUGUUGGUGUCGCACGUCGGAGAGCUCGCCAUGCUGAUGACUUGUCUGGAAACUACGCUUCCAUCGCUUCGACGAACUAAGCGAGUCGGUCUCCUUGUCUUGGACUCGGUGGCCGCCCUGUUUCGUUCCGAGUACGAACAGGACCAAGGGAUACAACGGGCCGCCGAUCUGCGGAAACUGGGGACUGUUUUGGAUCGUAUCUGGCGGUCCGGAGUCGCGGUGCUCUGCGUGAAUCAGGUGACGGAUUUGAUCUCUUCGGAUCAUCCGAUGUUUCCUGUGACUGGGGCUUCCUGCGUGCCAAGCCUGGGCCUGACGUGGGGCAACGUCGUGACGACUAGGUUGUUCGUGUCCAAGACCGCGCUUACGUACGCGGGCGCGAGAAACUCGGCCGAACCUGAGGUGAACGUUCGAAGGUUGCAGGUGGUGUGUUCUCCGAGCUUACCUCAUCGUCCCGAGGGGUGUUUGUACGUCGUGACUCAGCGCGGCGUACAAGGCAUUGAAGUCGGCGAUCCUCGGGUUGUAACCCUGUUGACGUUGGAGCAGUGAAAUUCGGCAUGCAACAAAGCAAAGUCGCUGGGGCCGAAGGUGUGUCGUCUUCUAUUUGGGGGAUUUCCAGUGGGUCUGACGUAUCGUCUGCUACUGCUGGUGCCGCCAACUUUGCCUGCUUUUGGACUUGUUUUUGUGUUGCGUUUCCACAGAUCUCACGUUGUUGACUGCGGUCCAAUGUAUUAACAUUAUUCGUUCAUGUCUUGCGAUGCGAGCAAUGCCGUUUAAUCAUAAAAUAUUGACUAGUUACUCUUCAAAGUAAUACAGGAUGUCGGGGUGUGGUCGAAACCAUUGGCGUGACGCUUUCCACUGCCUUAAAAAGAACAGUUGCCGUUGGUGUGGCCCAAAACAGUCACCGAAUGCGCCAGGUUAAUUAAAUUUAACGUACAGCAACUCCAGUCGCUCCAGA